AUGGAUAUUUCUCUCGCGCAAAAAACGAAUACGCCGACGACGCCGACGGUUAUCGCCAACGCCGACGAGGAUGACAACACCAACAACAACACCAACACCAACAACAUCGACGACGACGCCGCGUUACCAGUGACGGAGAAGAAAACUCUCGUCGCCACGAACAACAACGACAAAAACAAAGUUGUUGAAGAUGAUGAUGAUGAUGAUGAUGAUGAUGAUGAUGAUGAUGACGAAGAGAGUUUGGAACAACCUGUUGCUGUUGUUCCCGCGACGACGAAGACGACGAUGACGAAGAAAAAGAAGCCGAACAAAAAGAAGGAAAAUCCCAACAACUUGAUGACGACGAAAGAGCGCAAACUGCACGAACGCGGGCCGUACGAUGGAAUCACUCUUUUCACGCUCAUCCAGCUGAAACUUUUGAAAGUUGGAGCGAACAACCUCUUAGCUUCGUACGAAUACGGGGGCGAGAAAGUACAAGUCGUCGGUUCGUUGACGGAAAACGGGCACAUCUACGUGCAGAAGGAGGACGAGAUGUUUCGAAAUCCGAGGAGUAUGAGCAUCGAUGUGAAGAGACGGUUGAAUCCAGAGAUUAAGUUUACCGAAGGGUGGGGGCACGUGAGAUAUGUGAACACCGGUUCUUGGCACUUGGACGGGAAAAACGACGAGAAGAACGGCCAGACGUUGAAAGAGAUUCGCGAGAGGAUUCCGAUUAAAGACGUGCCGAGUUUAGUGCCGAGGUGGAAAAGCUACGCGCCAAAACAAAAAGUGAAUUUUGUUCCGAAGAAGAAUAAGAAUCCGUUUCCGGACCGAGCGUGGAACGCGCCGAAUACGGAAUCGGUGAAGUUUCCUCCCGGGACGAUCGUGUUUGUCGAAACGGUGAAGAAACCGAAAAAAAACGAUGUGAAUGCGAGUAAUAAAGAAGAUCUCACCGAGUUAGGGGGUACACCAUCGGCGUCCUUUAGUAAAAAGAAAGGGAAACCGACGAGUCAAAUAUGGACCGGGCGAGUAUGGAAACUUCGGCAUUGCCUCCAAAAGCACCAACUGUGGGACGAACAUCCCCAUCAAGGCGAGAAACCGUGCGCUUUGAUUUACUUAUACGGCAAAUCACGAAAAUUUAUGUGGGCCGACGAUUGUGAGAUGACUCGCUUCGACGACGCGUCGCAAUACGCGGAGAAGAUACAAAACAUGUUGGGUAAUCGGCACGCGGUUAAGUUAGCUUCAAUAGCUUUAGAACAAGCAGAAAAAGAAAUCGCAGAAGAAUUUUAUGAGCCUUGGACGACAUCUGACGACGAACAUUAUUACGAGAGACCGUUAACUGCGAAUGAAAAUGAUAACGAUGCCCCCGGCGAGAAUAACACCGUUAAUAUUACCAACGAAGAAGAAGAAAACGAUGCAGAGACGGUCAAGAAUCGAAAAAUCGAUCAACUUGAUACAAAGCUGCGAGAAGGUUUGACUCCUGAUUGGAUCAUCGAAGGAUGUUACAAAGUAUUUGGGCUGGAAAAGCCGACUGUUGAAGUGCCUUUUGUGAAAGAUUUGCUCGAUCCGUGCACGAACUCCCUAUCAAAUCCGAACAUUCCGGCCGAAGUUUUAUACGACAAGUCGAUCAACGGUCUACUUUCAAAGAACUCGUGGGCCAACAAGUUUGCGCUUUUGAAUCCUCCGUACGAGACCCAAACGCAAUGGAGAUUCAUACACCGCGCAAUCAACGAAGUAGAAUGGGGCUUUUCGAAGGGUAUUUUGUUGGUCUGUCGGAACAGCACGGAUACGAACUACUUUCAAAAGUUACUGCCGUUCCCGCGAGUGAUGUUGAGGCGAAACGCCGUGCAGUUUAAAGAUUAUACCUCAUCACCCAUUGGUUUUGGCAUCGCUGUGUUCUGUAUGGUUGCACCUGGAAAUCCAGAGGUGCAACGAGAAACGUACGCGAGAUUUUACGACGAGUUUGCGAGUGCUGGUGAAUUUAACGUUCCAUGCGAUCGCGCGUUUGCGUCUUCAAAGGCAUUCACGGAACUCGUUGAGCGUUUGCAUCGUCAAGCAGCUGAAUCGCAACGCGAUAGUUUUGUCGCGUGCGACAACUGCGAUCGUUGGCGGGAGCUUUCGUUUGAGCAAAUGCAAGAAGCAAUGAAGAAGAAAAAAUGGACGUGCGAUUUAGUCUUUGAAGAAGGCUGCGAGACGCCUCUAUCGAGACGAGAAAAGAGAGCGUUCAUCGUUAGCGCCAAAGACGGCGAUAGAAUAUUCAUCGCCGGUAAAGACGAAGGCUUGAACGUUCCAGGAUUUAUACAAGCGCGCGAAGAAGAUAUCGACGACGACGACGACGACGACGACGACGACAAAGAUAAUGAUGGUGAUGGUAACAAUGAGCGCGACGGAGGAGGAGAAGGAGAUGGAAGAGGAAGCGCAAAACAGAAGCCUAUAUCGCAAACUAUUCUUACGACGCAGCACGAACCGAAUUGUCGUUGUAACUGGCCACCAUGCGUUGCGCGGCGAGUUCAUCGCGAAGACGGGAGCGACGAUUCGAUAUCAUCCGAUGGAAGCGACGAAGAGAACGACGACGAGGGCGAAGAAGGCAAAGAGUCGACGGUUGAAAAGAAAAAGAAAAAGAAAAAGAAUCAGAGAAUGUUCAUCCCAGACGAAUUUGUGGAGGAAGAUGUCAACGUUUUAUCCGCGCAUUUGACGAAGGCGGAGCGCCAACGUCUCCAAGCGAUUGAAAAAAACCGCGCUAAAUUUGAAAAGAUCUUGGGCGAAACAGAAAAUGAAAUCGUCAAAAGACAGAGAUUGCUCCGUGAAUCCGAAAAAGUAGCCUUAGAGGCGAAGAAAAUGGCAGAAACGUUUGAAAAAACGCUCGCUUGGCACAAGGUACAAGUCGACCGAUUUGCCGUGCGCUCGGAUUCGUUGUCAAAGGCUCUUUCUAGCUGCGAGAAGGAACUCAAAGCUGCGCUAGAAAAAGAAAGCGAGUGCGCGAAACAUACCGAGGCUUGGAGAGUGAAGCGUCAAGAAACCGAAAAAGGCGCACAUCUACUCCGGGAAAAGUACCAGUUGGCAACUGCUGAGCUCGCAGAGAAAACGACGUCGAGGCGAAUUGACGCAAUGACUGCUAAGCGCGAAGCCGAGAAGACGUGGACGAGAGUGUCCGAGAGAGUAAAGAAGGCAAAAACCGCCGCGAUGAUUGCUGGUGAAGAUACUACUAAUAUCAACGCCGAAGGCAAAGAAAUGCCCGCUGCUCAGACACCUCCUCUCGUGGAACUUCAACUUCGCCAACAACAAUUUUUCAAACGGCAGAAUAAGAAUAGCGAUAUAAGAUGCGGUAAAGGAAAAAAGCUGUGCUUUUCUUGCUCUGCGGUAGUCGGCUCGCCGACUCGCGUCUGUCCAAAUUGCAGAACGACUUUGCGAGGAGAGGUUUCAAUUCCGUUAGCGUUGCUCACCCCGCCCCCGCCUCCACCGCGGAAAGAAUCACUCGAAGAACCUUCUCCUCCUCUCCAAUGCCCCCCUCCUCCUUCUCCACCAUCACCAACGUCACCGCAACUUCCUCCGCCGCCCGAGCUUCCAUCGCUGCAGUGUGUGAAUCCUCCUCCUCUCCCUCCUUCUCCUCCACGAGUCGAAAGCCUCCUCCCCACUGAAAAUCCGGAAAAGCAAACGCUCGCGCCGAAGGAAGUAAACGCCACGAAGAAGAAUACGAACAAGAACCCCCCUUCUCGGGUGGACAAACUUUCUUCAGCCAUGAAGCCGCCGCCGCCGCCGAAAACGAAGAAAGUCAAGAAGGAAGAGAAAAAGACGCCGACGACGAAAGCGAAACCGCUCAAACCAAAGAAAAAAACGAAGACGACGACAAACGGUAAAACGAAGAAGAAAAAGUUCUCCUCUGCUCUCGGGUGCGGACGAUGCAGAUACAGUGAGAACGGGUGCGACCGGUGUCGCAAUCGAAAGAAAAGAAAAUAA